GUGGAUGAAGAGGAAGUGAAGGGCAUGGCUUUAAUAGCAACUCAACCUUUGCUGUGCAACACCCGUUGCCCGAUUGUUCCAAGACCAGCACCCUUCAAUCCUAACCCUCCUUCACUCUCUCUGUCUCAUCCCCACCUCUAUCCUUGCAAACAUCCCUGCAAAACAUGGCUCGCAACCUCCUUUUCUAUCCUCCAUACUCCAAAACCCCUCCAUUCGACGGCCAUUGUAUGCCAUUCGUCUCGCCGGAAGUCCACCGCCAUGGUUUCCACCUCGGAAGAAGGCGAGGAUGGUAGUUUGCGGCGAGUUUUUCAGGUGGCUCUGUGGGCCGCUGAGGCUGUUUACAUCUUGUGGCUCUUUUUGCUCCCUUAUGCUCCUGGUGAUCCUGUAUGGGCCAUCAGUUCGAGCACAAUAAACGAUCUCAUCGGUCUUUCUCUCAAUUUCUUCUUCAUUUUGCCUUUGACAAAUGCUGUUGGCAUUCGUCUGAUUGAUGCCCCAGUUCUUCACCCGAUGUCUGAGGGAUUAUUCAACUUUGUUAUUGGGUGGACGCUGAUGUUUGCUCCAUUGUUAUUCACGGAUUGUAAGAGGGAUAGAUACAAAGGGUCCCUUGAUGUUCUAUGGGGUCUGCAGAUGUUCCUCACUAACACAUUCUUAAUUCCCUACAUGGCAAUUCGGCUGAAUGAAGCUGAUGCAGAUGGCACUCCUAGCAAGCGCUCUCCACUGGGCUCUGUGAUGACAAAUGGUGCAGCCAUAGUGGGAUUAGUUGGUGGGGCUGUAUGUCUGUUAUCUGCAAUAUGGGCUCUUUAUGGUCGAAUGAAUGGUGACUUUGGGAGCAUAACAGAUAGAUGGCAGUUCCUAGUAAGCUAUUUGGGUUCAGAAAGGCUGGCUUAUGCCUUCAUUUGGGACAUAGGUUUUUACUCAAUCUUCCAGCCCUGGUUGAUUGGUGGGAACCUACAAAAUGUUCAGAAAAGCAAGGUAGGUCUUGUAAGUUAUCUUAGAUUUAUCCCUGUUGUCGGCUUAGUUGCCUAUCUUCUCUUUUUGGAUCUUGAGGGGGAACAAUAGUUUGAUGCUGUACUGCAGUGAUACGUUAAAAAAGAAUUGAGUCUAGAAAUACGUUAAAAGUCUUGAAGUAGGAAGAGGAGAAAUUUGUAGCUCUGUUUGCUGUAAAAGAGAGCAAGCCAUUUUUUGCUUUGAUGAAUUCUUGAACUGUUCACAUAGGAGAUGAAGCUUUUCUUGCAUCUGUUUCUUGUUGCUGUUUAAAUAAUGCAUGUUUGUAUCUAAAAAAAAGUAUAGUUUGGAACAAAAAAUAAUACUAAUUGCCUCUAAUUGUUUGCUUCUAAAAGAACUCUUAUUUGGGUGGUGUAUAAUUAUUGAUUGAUUUUAAUCUAUCACAUGGUACCAACUACCAAGCCAUUAGCAAUUGUGGAAGUGGGACAUGUAACUUGGCUGCGUUAGGCAGAGUGUAUGUCGAUAAGAAGUAGUAGCUGUUGAAGGUUCUGAAGGAGCAAUUUUUUUUUUUUUCAGAAUCUGAUUAACGCGAAAGCAUUCUCUCAUUCAUGCUGAGAGUGAAAUUCUAGCAGCAAUUACACCCCAGAGU